GUGUCUAGUAGUUUUCGUGUUCAAACCUGGGGUGGAUGUUGGACGUUCGCGCGGGUGCUACUCGUUGUGUGCGAUAUUGUUAAGUGUUUUGGUGGUGUAGUGCAAGUAAAAAAAUAGAAUGCAUAGUGUUACCAAAUCGUGAGGAGUCAUGUUUCGCUGCAUACCUAUAUUUAAAGGUUGUAAUCGGCAAGUGGAGUAUGUUGACAAGCGUCACUGUUCCCUACCGACUGUUCCCGAAGACAUCUUGCGAUACUCGCGAAGCCUCGAAGAAUUGUUAUUGGAUGCAAAUCACAUUCGAGAUCUUCCGAAGAACUUUUUCCGGCUUCAUCGAUUACGAAGAUUAGGAUUAAGCGACAAUGAAAUCCAUCGCCUACCUCCAGAUAUUCAGAAUUUUGAGAAUUUGGUGGAAUUGGACGUCUCCAGAAAUGACAUUCCUGACAUUCCUGAAAAUAUUAAAAACUUGCGCUCAUUGCAAGUUGCAGACUUCAGCAGCAAUCCAAUACCAAGGUUACCUCCAGGAUUUGUGCAGCUACGGAACCUGACAGUUCUAGGAUUGAAUGAUAUGUCUCUUACUAGUCUUCCACCAGACUUCGGAAGUCUCGUGAGUCUCCAGUCACUGGAACUACGUGAGAACUUGUUGAAGUCUCUGCCAGAGUCUCUUUCUCAACUUACUAAGCUAGAGCGUUUAGAUCUUGGUGAUAAUGAAAUAGAGGAACUGCAGACACCAUUUGUGCGGCAAAAUACACCACAUCCCAGAGAAUUGAAAGCAAAGUAUCAAAAGUUUGGGAAAGGAAAAACUGCAGAUAGCAGAACAACAAACGAAGAUGGGAUGCCUGACCAAAAUCCACUUGCUGCAACCCAGCAACAAUUACCUACUCCACCUGCACCCCCGCAAGUGAAGCAAGUGGUAAUGCAAGAAGUAGAGCAGCCACGACUGCAGGAAGUGCCACCAUCUCCUCCUCCACCCCAACAAGCACAGCCCCAGCAACCUGUGGUGGGUAACCAACCCCAUGAAAUCACCGGUAGCAACGAUGUUCCCAGUGAAGAUGGUGUAGAACUACGACAACAAAGCGAAGAUGAGGAUGAAGAUGAAGAUGCGAUGAACAAGCGGAGAGAGGAUGAUACUGAUAAAGCUUCCUUUUACUCUACACCACCAGAAUCUAUUGGGGAACAUAGCCAAGGUACAGUGACUCAGCCCUGUAAGUUUGUUUAGGCUGAUAACAAGAAUUUAUCUUUAAGCUUAAACUUAGUAUAACCAUUUGUAAGAGAUUUAGGACAGGGAAGGCAUCUAUAGUUCAUAAUCACUCAGAGACUCUGUGAAGCAUAACAAAAUGUGGCAGUCAUUAUUUCAAAGACGUAGGCCAAGGCCUAAUCAGAAUCGCUAUUCUGCAGCACCAAAUGUGGCCAUUGGCACAACUAGUGCAACAGCACAAAAUGAAAAUGUGGUUAUGAAUAAAUAUUUAGUGAAAAGUGAAGGUGAUCUGUUAUCCAUUGGAACGUCAACUACUUAUUCACCAUCAAGUACCAUUGAUUCGAGAGAAGAAAAGAAGCAGCAAUUAAAAUCAAAGGGAAGUGAUAAAUCUAAGGAGUUAUCCCCUAUAAAUUCAAACAUUUGGGUAUCAGGAAGCUCAGAUACUUCUUCAUCUUCAACUCCUACUCCGUCAAGAUCUUUUGAUAGAAAUUUCAGUGGGCGUUUUUCUUCAAAAGAAAACUUAGAAAGAAAAGGGUCGUUGGUACCAAAAGAAUUAACAUCUACAUCAGUUCCUCAUGUGUUUAAUUCAGAAAAUAAUGAAGGUACACAAUUGGCAAAAGAAAACAAAAAUAUUAACAAGAGUAGUGAAUCUUUAUCUAAAGAAGCUGAGAAAUUUGCUUCCCUUUUUUCUCUUGGUAAAAAUAGAAAACAUAGCAAGUCAACUGAAAUCCUAUCAGCAAGUAGAAAACAAAAAUCAUCUGAUAGGGGAAAACAGAAGAAUGAAGAUAUUUCAGCUGUGAAAGUGCAAGAUGUAGAUCCACGAAACAAUUUAAGUGAUGAUAAUAUGUCUGCUUUUGAAGCAAAUGCAUUAAAACGUGGGGUAAAGGAAAGAUCAUCUUGGAGAUUAAAAUUCUCAUCGAGAAAUAAAUCAAAAGUUUCAAAGGAUCAUGAUGACAGUUCUGUUGUUAACGAUUCGGCAUCAACGGCAUCCUUGUCUAAUGCCACUAGUGAUAAUACCAGCAAAAGAAACUUAAGCAAGAAAAAGAAUAAGGAAGAAGAAAAACUCAGUAAAAUGUUGGAAUCAAAUUCUGUUGAACAAUUAACUGAUCCCAUUUCUCCUAAUCCUUAUUCAGAUGCAGUGUUUGAUAGAAACGACAAUGUAAGGAGAUCUGCAAGGAAAGAAAAGAACGAGUCUGUUUUGUUGAAGAAAACAGAUAAUGUUGAAUCAGAUUCAAUUUCCCCUGUUAUCAGUUUGGACGAAAAAGGAAAUAAAUCGUUAAAGAAGGAGAAGUUUACAUUUGGGAAGAAAUCCAAAGAAACCAAUAAUCAAAGUACUUCUGAAACAGUUUCUAGUGUUACUUCUGUUGAUGAUACUAGUGAAAAAGGAGGAACUAUUGGUAAAACAAAAAAGAAAGACAAAUCAUUCUUUGGCAAAAAAUCUACUGUAAAGAAAAGUGUGUCAAAUGCCACCAUCACAGCUGUUUCAACAAUUGAUAGGAAUGAAAAGGUGGAAAAUCCACAAAUAAAAGACAAACACACUUAUAUUGAAGACGAUAGUGUGUCAGAUUCCAAUACAGCUAUUUCAGCUUCAAUUGUAAGUGAAGAAAUAAAAACAAUGAAAAGAGAGAACUCUCUAAAGAAAGGGAAAUUCUUUUUUGGCAAAAAGUCAAAAACCAGCUCUGAGAAUAAUGUACAAGAACCUGUUUCUAUGGCAUCUACUAUUACAGUUACCUCAGAUCAAGAGAUUGAACAAUGUGAAAAAACUACAAAGGAAAAGAAGCACAAAAAAGAGAAAAAAUCUAAAAAGCAGGAAGAAUUUAAUUUUCAAGAUUCUGUUUCAGCUUCUUCACUUGCAGAUAGUACUCUAGAUAAGAAGGCACCCAAGAAAGAAAAAUCUGGCAAGAAAACAAAAGUUAAAAAUGAAAACAAUGCAGAUUUAACUGAUCAGGGAACAAAAAAAAAAAGUUGGUUCAAAAAACGUGAUAAAUCAAAAGAGAAAAAGCAGGAAUCUGAUUAUGGCACUUUGGAAAAGGAUAGUGAUAUUCCACUUGACUAUAAUGAUGCAGAACUAGGGACAAAUUGGGAGUAUGGUGCCUCAAAUUCUACCGUUGGUUUUGGGAACCAAAAUCAGGACAUGAAGAAUAAGUGGAACAUGAAAGUUAUGCAGAGAGGUAAGUACAAGUUAACUCUAUUGUUUUUAUAAUGUCUCUUAUCAGAGACUUUACUUUUUCAGGUAAAAGUCAAGUAUACAAAUCAUGCUGAUAUAUCGCUAUGAUUUACAGUCAUGUCAAUCAAAAAUGACCGAGAGACUUCCUUUAAUAUUGUUACUGAAAAAAAACAAAAAAAACCCUGUAUUUAUUUAUUGAAGGCGUUCAUGUACAUUUUAAAACAAUGCGAAAUGAAAUUUUGAAAAUUUCAGUGGCUCUCAGUGUGAGGUCUGAGUAUUAGAAACACACCACACUGUAUUGUUUUGUUCUUUUUUGCAUUGCUGAUAUUUUAAUGUUACAGAAAACUGAGCAAAUCUGUUGAGAUUUUAAAAUUUCUAACAUAAAUUCUAGUAAAAAAUCAUAACAAAUUAUGUCAGCAUAAGCCACAACAAAUACACAGACACUCUGUAAUUUUUUUACUGAUUUUAUAUGUAAAUGCCUGCCUUAUGUGAAAAUGAAGAAAGAGUUACUAAUUUAAAGUGUUCACAGAAGAUUAACAAUGACAUUAUUUUAUACAGAAUUUUUACAAUAAUGCUUUCAUUGGAGAAUUUAUGACUUGACUGAAUGAGGUAAUGCAAAUGAGGAAUGUGUUUGGUUCAUGCUGUUAUUGGUGUUAUUUAUAUCAAAUAUUCUAAAGAAACCCUACUAAUAAUAAAAUUAACGAAAUUGUUGCAGACCUUGAUGCCAAUAUUGAGGUUCAGGAAGAACAGUAUGAAAUUCAUAUUGAGCGUACACCAGUUGGCUUGGGCCUUUCCAUUGCGGGUGGUCGUGGCUCCACACCUUUCAAAGGCGAUGAUGAGGGCAUAUUCAUCUCACGAGUAUCAGAAGGAGGACCUGCAGAUCUGGCAGGACUGCGAGUAGGUGACAAGGUUUUGUCAGUCAAUGGUGUAUCAGUUGAGGCAGCUGAUCAUUAUGAUGCUGUUGAAGUGCUUAAGGCAGCUGGAAAUAAAUUGGUGCUGGUGGUCACCCGAGAAGUGACUCGCCUUGUUGCUGUGACAAGCAAGCCUGGCAGUGAAAACGCCGCCUCGCCCUCACCUAGUUCCACUCCCACAUUUCGACCUGCUGGGACUGGAGCUGACUCAGCGUGCUCGAGCCUGGGGCCAAGUCGUGCCCCCAGCCAAGCAUCUCAUGUAUCAGCUACCUCAGGUUUUGAAAGUCAGACUCACAUGCCUGGUGGGCCUCAUCAGGACAUGGAAAAUAGGGCUAAGCCCCAGGUAGCCAAGAAGGUACCAGAUCCUCUACCUACUGGUGCAACUAAUGGUCAUGAUCUAGAAAUUAAGAAACAACCUGUACAUACUACCCUGAUUCGAGACCAAAAUGGUCUUGGAUUCAGUAUAGCUGGAGGAAAAGGCUCUCCACCUUUCAAAGACAACUCAGAUGCAAUAUUCAUAUCUCGAAUUACUGAAGGAGGAGCUGCUGAAAAGGAUGGGAAACUAUGUGUAGGUGAUCGUGUUGUAUCGAUCAAUGGUGUGGACAUGGAAGGUGCUCGCCAUGACCAGGCCGUGUCCAUGCUGACAGGCCUGGAGAGGUUCGUGAGGCUUGUGGUGGAGCGUGAGGUGCGCGUGCCACGCGAAUCUCUUGGCUCGUCCCCAUCCCCCUCCCCGUCCCCUGGUGCUUCGGAGCGGUCACCCCGGGUCUUCGGUGCACCUCGCCCUUACACGGGCCUCUACUCAGCGGCCAGUUACUUGGCCAAUCGACCAGGCUACACUCCAGGUUAUCGUCAAACACCCGCAGCAGUAACAACUACCACAACUACCACGACAUCUACUGCACCAUACGGCAAACUCCCAGGACUACGAAACGAUCCCAUAAUGGUGACGCCUUCAGAUGCCAGCAGUGUCAGUGGGGACAGUGACAAGAAGAGUGUAGUGUCGGACACUAGCACCACGCGAUCAGGGGUGCAGCCUCCUAAACCUGCCCCCAGACGACUUACGACUUCGACCAUGUCUGAUGGACAGAAAACUGCACCUUCCCCAGUGAGCUCGGAGAGUUCAUCUGACCCAGCAACACAGGUAUUGCCGAAGCCUAUCACAAAUGAAGAGUUUCAAGCCAUGAUUCCCGCCCACUUCCUUCAACCCUCUAAUUCUACGGCAGCUGACGCUGGGGGACCCACUGUGGUUGUGACAAUCAAGCAUCCAGAGUCCGGCAUGGGGGAUGUGCAAUUUGGCCCUACUCCUACUGCGCUUGGUAAAGUCACUGAAACCAUCACUAAGAGCACCUUCACCGAGACUGUUGUGACACGGGUCACAGACAACAAGUUGGUGCAGCCAGUCAUCAUUGAGGAGGUGACACUGUUGAAGGAGGGAGGAUCCUUAGGCUUCAGCAUCAUCGGAGGUUCCGAUCAUGCAUGCACGCCGUUUGGAGGUGACCAGCCUGGUAUCUUCAUCUCGCAUGUGGUCCCUGGUGGACUGGCAGCUCGAUCAGGUAAAUUACGUGCCGGAGACAGGUUAUUGAAGGUAAAUGGUGAAGAAAUUGUUGGAUACACUCAUGGAGAAGCAGUUCAGAGGUUACUACAACCUGGAGAUGAAAUUCAGCUUACUGUCCAGCAUGACCCAUUGCCUGAGGGUUACCAGCUGCUCGAGGUUGAAUAUCUGCCCAUCACUGAGUUGCGUAUUGUAAAAGCUGCUGAUGAAAAAUUGGGUAUGCAUAUCAAGGGAGGCCUUCGAGGCCAAAGAGGAAAUCCCCUGGAUCGCAAUGAUGAGGGAGUUUUUAUUUCCAAGAUAAAUUCAGGUGGAGCAGCACGCAGGGAUGGUAGACUGAAAGUUGGUAUGAGACUUCUUGAAGUCAGUGGCACUUCUCUCUUGGGUGCAUCCCACCAAGAGGCUGUAAAUGCAUUGCGUUCUAGUGGGAAUGACAUACGUCUUGUGGUGUGUAAAGGGUAUGACAAAGCUGAAGUUGAAAGACUUCAGGAUCAAGGUCAGCUUACUCAUGAAACUAGGUCUGUAUCCCAAAGUGUGUCAAGUCUUGAUCGAGAAGAUGAAGACUCGGCUACUAUACAAAAGGAGCAAGAAAUGCGUCAAGAGCUGGUGCAAUGGGAACAAGAAGAGAGAGAACGGCGAGAACAGGAGUUGGCAUUACAACAACAGCAACAGCAGCAACAAUUAGUACCAGCUACGGCAAAAUCUACAGGGGAAAAGGUUCUUGAUGUUGUGCGAGCUGCUGAACUUCUAGUUAACAAACCAAGUAGUCCAACAGAAAUGACUGUUCCCAAAUCACCUGGUGGACCAAAAUCUGAUUUAACAAAGACAACAACAAUUGUUAUGAGUAAGCAUACCCUAGCUCCCCAGGGGCAACAGCAAUUGCAGCAGCAACAACCACCACAACAGCCACCACAGCAGCAACAGCAACAGCAGCCACAGCCACCUCAGCAGCAGCCUUCACCUCCUCAGACCAGCACGAACUCUUCCCAUCAUUAAUGUUAGGCUUGUAUAUAAAAACAAGGAGAAGGGGUAUCUAGUCUGAUUGUGCAAGAAGAACAGUGUAUGUGUGUGUAGGGACAGCCUGUGAAAUGAGCUGCCAAUUUCUAUGGAGAAUAAAGAAGCUGAAAGCAGUUGCAUCCUUUCAGAGUGCAGAGAAUCUUGUGUACAUGAAGAAUCAUCCUGCCAAGUGAGCUGUGUGAUGUAGUUAUGGGAAGACUGUCAUGUUCAUUGUGAAUUUCAUUCCCAUUUUGUAGUGCAUUGACCAAUGCUCCAUUUUAUGGAGUUGUUUCUAUGUGGAAAUUGUAAGUAAGGACUUUUAAGAGAAUUCUGAUGUAUUAUAACAAGUGUGUCAGUUCUUGUAUGUGCAUUGAACUAUUCAUUUUGAAAUAAGAUAAUUUCUACACAUUUCACCACUUGGAUUGUGCUGAAAAGUUGAAAAAAGUGCUUUAGGUCCUGAGCCUCUGUCCAGCACAGCCUGUUAUGAUGUGCAUUUCUUUGUCCCAUCCAUUUGCAGUCAUACAUAUUAUGAUAGGGAACUGCAGUCUUUGUAUGGUUCAAAUGUCUUGAUCCCUAAUGUGAGACUUGCCUUAGUAUCCUGGUAUGAUUUUUAGUCCUGAAAUUCCUUACUGGAUUGUUUACAAGAUGCAUGUGUUAAUUCUUGAUUUCUUGUGGAGUCUUUGUUUGUGUAUUUUUCUCAUAUAGCUGCAUAGUUUAUUGUGGAUGGAACAGGAAGAACAGUGCUGGUUAAAAGAGGCUUUUGCAUUACAAUUCUUGGUACAUGUUGCAUA